AUGUCUUUCGUGGUUGACCAAGUGCGUCGGAUUGACAGCCAGCUCGACCGGCUGCAGCUGUCGGCGACACGACAAGGCAGCUUCUCCAUCACCGCCGAGGAAGCCCACGACCCCACCAAGACGACACGAAUCGCGCACCUGCAGUACCUCAUCAAGUCCCUCUCCACGACCGCGUCAUCCAAACACAGUCUUGUGUCCAUCGCACGCAUAUCCGAGACGCUGCAGCGUGCCAACAUCGCCAGCAGCUACGAGGAUGCGAGCUACGAACAUGAACUGGAAUGGCUGCUAGUCAGCAAGGCGACGACGCAGGUCUACGGACAGGUUCUGAAUACGAUAUUGGAACAGACUAUCCCGUUGGAAGACGAUCUGUGGUACUGGGACGACAUCCUGUCCACCUACCGAUUUGCUGGGUUAUACUCGAUACAAACAUCGCCGGUUCGGGUGUGGAAAUGGUCGCAGGAGAUAUAUCGCGAUGUGCGGUCGAGGGGUGGACAAUUGGCUGAUGGGUGGAGCCAGUUUUAUGGCCUCGUCAAGGAUGCGGUGCAAGAGCGCAGCAUUGCCAACAUCCAGCGAAGGGUCGUGAGCCCGUUGGCGCUGGUGAGGAAUGAAGGCAGGAGGAAGCGUGCAGCGUUGAGGAAGAUACGGCUCAUCAAUGCGAACGCGCUCGGUGUGCUUCUAGGCGAAGGGCUGGGUAAUGAAAGUGUACACGACGAUGGCACCCAAUCUCCCCCACUGCUCGGCGCACAAAGCGGACACAGAUGGAAGAGCGUCAUGGCUAAGAACAUCGCCCUGAUGGACGCCGUCAUCCAAAGCGUGAACGCUGCAGAGAUAUCCGUUAAUAAGUUUGACGACUCUGUUGCUGGCAUUACUCAAGAUGACCAACUCUACUCGCUGCACGAACCCACCGGAGAACGAACGGCAACCACGCUUAAGCCGGCCGAUGUCGCAGAGCGACUGCAAUAUCUGCUCCAGGAAGCAUUGCCUGCCUACACCUCAGACUUCAACGCUGUCGUCAAGGAGAACGGACGUCCAUCUAUCCUCAUCCGGUACUGGCUACCUGCCACCAUGCUCCUCGUAUCCUCGACCACUAUCUUGCGUAUAUUUGUCAACCGGAAAGAAGAGAUUCUGGCCUGGGUACGCGAACUAGGACAGACUGUAAUCGACUUCUGGACAAAUUGGGUCGUGGAGCCUGCAAUGAGGAUCAUUGGUACCAUCCGCCACAACGAAGAUAGCGAGGUUUCCAUCAUGAGCAAACGAAGCUUGGAGUCUGACCGCGCAAGCCUUGAGCGCAUGGUCAUUGACUUUGCGGUGAAGAACCCUGAAGGCCCCGCCUUGAACGAGACUCAAAUUGCCGAUAUCAGGGCGAAGGUCCGCGAAGGCGAUCUGACCACGGUCUUGAGAUCUUACGAAAAGGACAUCCAAAGUCCGGUCAAGGGCGCGAUAGUCGGUAACCUAGCUAGCGCGCUGCUCAUCCAGGUGCAGAAGACCAAGGUUGAUGUAGAAGUCGCAAUGAGCGGUAUUGACAGCAUUCUGAAGAGCCAGGAGUUGCUCUUCGGCUUCAUCGGUCUGACGCCUGGUGUUCUCGUCAGUAUCGGCGUCUACCGAUACCUCCGAGGCGUCUUCAGCAGCCGUAAAGGCGUCCAGAUGUGGGCGAGGCAGGGCCGCAUGCUGCUCAUCCUGCGCAACAUCGAUCGCAUCCUUACCAGCGCAACACCCACAGAAGACGGCGAAAUUUCCUACAAGGAUCACGGUCUCCUCCUCUGCGAAGUGCAUCUCCUGCGACAGGCUGCGAGUGGCAUACUACCCCGACGCAUCUUCCACGACUUCCUGGUAGAGAUAGAUGAGCUUGUUGACAUCAAACUACUCCUCAUAGGCGACUCGGGCGUAGGCAAAUCGUGCUGCCUGCUGCGCUUCAGCGAAGACUCCUUCACGCCCUCGUUCAUCACCACCAUCGGCAUCGACUUCAAGAUCCGCACCAUCGAGCUCGACGGCAAGCGCGUGAAGCUGCAGAUAUGGGAUACCGCCGGCCAAGAGCGCUUCCGGACCAUUACCACGGCGUACUACAGAGGUGCCAUGGGUAUCCUGCUAGUUUACGACGUCACGGAUGAAAGGAGCUUCAACAACAUCCGCACAUGGUUCUCCAACGUCGAGCAACACGCCACCGAAGGCGUCAACAAGAUCCUCAUCGGCAACAAGUGCGACUGGGAAGAGAAGCGCGCCGUCUCCACAGAACAGGGCCAGGCCCUCGCCGACGAACUCGGCAUCCCCUUCCUCGAGGUCUCGGCCAAGAGCAACAUCAACGUCGACCAGGCGUUUUACAGUCUCGCCGGUGACAUCAAGAAGCGCCUUAUCGAUACCGCCAGGACGGAUCAGACGGCUGCCCCCAAGGUCGAUGUUAGCGGGCAAGGUGACGGAAACGCGGGUAUGGGCGGGAAGUGCUGCUAG